GUGUCCCAACCGAGAUCUCCUCAUCGGUGUGCUCGACAUGACUUGUUGGAGUGUGAAUCCACCGCGUCAUUCUCCCCGCCCUCAAUCCAAGUGCCGCCUGUGUACAACAUAUAACACAGGAUGUGCUUGAGGCUGUGUGGAGAUCUGUAGGCUUGGUCAUCUAUCAAGGUUCCUGACGGUCUUCCUGAGGAGAUGCUUUGCUUAAUCUCUUGCUUGCAAUGUACCACGUCAUGUUUAGCUCUGCUGGAUCGUAGAGUUUCAGUUGAUCUCCUGCAGAAGGAUCUGCGACAAACUGCGGUUGCCCGAGUUGGGGUUUAGAAAUGGGACAGAGUUUAUGAUGCGGUUCUUGUUCAAGUCGGAGUUGCAGCAAUUGAGACAGCUUGCGCUGUUCAAUGAGGUGGGAAUGCGUUCUGUACAUGCGCAGGUUAACGUUUGGAACUAGAUUCAGAGGUGGUCUGGCGGAGGCUGGGCAUGUGGGUUUUGGGAUUUUCCUGGGACGGUCUUUGGGUCUCUUUCUUUGACUGAACAUACACUGUUGGCACGAUCUCGUGAAUUGUGAAAGUGUCUCGUACGACCUCUUAUCGGAGGAAACGAGAUGACUGUGCUUGGUCUUGGGAAGUCCGUGCGCCGGCGGUUGUUUUAUGUGGAAUGAGUUGCAUGUCAUGGUGUACAUCGUGGCUGGAUUAGAUGCAGAGUGUGGAGCGAAGCUGAUGGAAUUUUGGAGGCUUAAUCUGUUUUACGCAGGCGAGGAUCAGCCAUCUGGUUAUGUCCAUGAGAUAAACAGGAACCGCUUGGAUUCUCCCUGAGUUGUCUUCAAUAAGCUCCAUAUCACUCCAGCUUCCGGUUGCUGAUUAUUGAGGGCAUAAACAGGCAUUUUGUGAAGAUUUGAGGCAUCUCUAAUGAGUAGUGUAAAUGUGGCAGCAUCGUUAAAUAAGGGCUACAUGGAUAGGAAUUCAAUUCGAUUGCUUCCCCACAAGACCAAUGCAGAUGAGACAUUGAGGGGGGAAGUUUGAAAUUUUAGGAAAUCCUUGAGAAACUUUUGGAAGGGCAUGCGCAUUUGUUAUGCAGUUUCAGAGCUCAAGGAAGAUGUAUCCUAGACAGAAUUUAUACGAGUGUGGCUUAGGGGAGCAUUGGCGUCUCCAGAUUGGGGAUGUGAGUCCUGCAGCCUUUGCGCGCCAAAUCGGAGGCUGUGAGGAACUUGUUCGCCGUUUUACUAUGUAUGGGGAAUUGAGCGGUCAUGGUGGAUGUGUUAGUUCAGUGUCUUUCGAUCCAACCGGGGAGCUUUUAGUGUCUGGAUCAUUUGAUCAGGUUAUAAUUGUGUGGAACUGGGCAGAGAGAAGGCCAGUUUUCACUUACAAUUCUGGCCACGAAAAAAAUGUGUUCCAGGCCCUGGUAAUGCCACAUUGCGAUAAUCGCAUCAUUGUGACCUGUGCGGCCGAUGGCCAGGUGAGAUAUGGAGCCAUACUACAAGAUGGGUCAGCAAAAACGAAAUGUCUUGGACAACAUAGGGGCCACUCUCACAAGAUGGCAAUUGAGCCUGGCAGCUCUCGCAUUAUUUAUAGUUGCGGAGAAGAUGGCGUGGUACAACACAUUGAUUUGCGGGAGGAGAAAGCCAAAAAGCUCCUCACUUGCCAUAAAUAUAAACUCAACACCGGCAAACCAAGCCAGACUAGAUCAAUCCGGCUACAUUCUAUUGUCAUGGACCCAAUAGACUUGAACUACUUUGCAGUAGGGGGAUCGGAUCAAUAUGCACGCGUUUAUGACAUUCGGAGGUUAAAUGCAAGUGGGUUGAUAAUGGAGGAUCAACCGGUUGAGACUUAUACUCCAAAACACUUGCAAGGCCUCGAUUACAGUGAACAGAUAACAUCCCUCGCGUACUCACACCAGAGGGAGCUUCUAGUUUCUUACAACGAUGACCUCAUCUACCUCUUUGAUAAAUCCAUGAACCUGGGUGACACACCCCAUAUAAACGUCCAAUUUUACGACCUCGAAGACGAUAUUGAAGGAGAGGCCAGGGGAACUUCCAAUCUGGAAUCCUUAUCACCGCAAGUGUACCAAGGGCACCGCAACUACAAGACUGUGAAGGGGGUGAACUUCUUCGGCCCGCGUGCAGAGUACGUCGUCAGUGGAUCAGACUGCGGAAGAAUCUUCAUCUGGAGGAAGAAGGGAGGGAGGCUUGUUGCUCUAAUGAAAGGAGACCACUCUGUUGUCAAUUGUGUGGAGCCCCAUCCUCAUGCCACCAUUCUGGCCACCAGUGGCAUUGAUCCUACCAUCAAAAUUUGGUCUCCAGAGGCGACAUCCACCCCUCACCAUCCGGAGCACACCGACACGAGCAUGAGAAGACAGUGGCGAAGAAGGUAUAGCCAUCUGACCUCGAAUCGUGUGAGAUUUUUGUUCCGGACACAGCAUCUGCGAGUUGGACAAGAGGACAUAACCCGCACCCAACUUCGCGACCAGGGUGGGCCUGACCGUGAAGGCCUUGCGGCGAUGCUUGACGACAUCGAUGACGACAUUUUUGCAGAUGCCGACACUCCCAGCCCAAGCGAAUGCAUCGUCAUCUGAAGCUCGAUGGAACACGACGGAACACACUCUGGGUCUAGAUGAGCAGCCUCGGAACCAGGAUGUUGUGCUUUAGGUUUCUCAAUCAAAGGCUGAGUUCAUCUUCUCAGGUUUCGUAGAUAUUUUCAGUUAUUCCAGAGUGGUUGUGUGAAAGCAAUUCCAAGCAAGGAAGUGGCAGAAAAUGACCACCUGCUCAAGAUUCUUGUCAAAGACUUAGCAUGUAGUGAAUUUCAUUUUUUUCUGUUGUCGAUUUCAA